AUGGCUGCCAUACAGAACUUCAAAAACUUCCUGCGCCAUGGCAAGCAGGCCCGCCAGAACGCAGAGCCCACCACCAACGUCUCGCCCGUUCACGCUCAGUCGCAACAGCAACGCCACCACGCCCCUGAGGCCGUCCAUCAUGGCAUAACCGAGCCCGCCAUGGACCACAAGCCACUGCAGCACGGCGCCGUCCCCCAUGGCGACUACUCUGUCGGUGCUGGCGCCGGCGACAACCGCAACGUCGCCGCCCAAGCGGGUGAUGCCGCAGCCCGCGCAGCUGGCGACAAGCAGAAGCGCGAGGCCAAGCAGUCACAGGUCGACCCCCAGGUACUGGAACGCAUCGUGGCGGAAGAGCGCGAGGCCAAGGGCAAGCUCCCGAGGUAUCCUGGCCUCGAGCGCUGGACCCUGCUUGAGAAGAUGGGCGAUGGCGCUUUCAGCAACGUAUAUCGCGCACGAGACACGACUGGCCAGUGGGGCGAGGUUGCCAUCAAGGUCGUCCGCAAGUUCGAGAUGAACUCGCAGCAGGGCGACAAGCAUGUCCAUCCGGACUUCAAAACGCCAAAAGCAGCCGAGCGAGCGAACAUCCUCAAGGAAGUACAGAUUAUGCGCCAACUUGACCAUCCCAACAUUGUCAAGCUCAUCGAUUUCCACGAGUCGCGGCAGUACUACUUCAUCGUGCUCGAGCUCUGCCCUGGUGGCGAACUGUUCCACCAGAUCGUCCGUCUGACGUACUUCUCCGAGGACCUUUCACGGCACACCAUCAUCCAGGUUGCCAAUGCAUUGCAGUACCUGCACGAGGAGGCUGGCGUAGUACAUCGUGACAUCAAGCCUGAGAAUCUGCUAUUCUACCCCACUCCAUUUGUGCCCACACGCAACCCCAAGCCAAAGGGUCCGGAUGACGAGGAAAAGGCUGAUGAGGGCGAGUUUGUCAAGGGCAAGGGCGCCGGGGGUAUUGGUCUGAUCAAGGUCGCCGACUUUGGUCUUAGCAAAGUCAUCUGGGACAGCCAAACCAUGACGCCAUGUGGCACGGUUGGAUACACUGCUCCCGAGAUUGUCAAGGACGAGCGGUACUCCAAGAGUGUCGACAUGUGGGCUCUAGGAUGUGUGCUCUAUACACUACUUUGUGGUUUCCCCCCAUUCUACGACGAGUCUAUCCAAACCCUCACCGAAAAGGUUGCCCGUGGUCAAUACACCUUCCUGUCGCCAUGGUGGGAUGACAUCUCGAAGCCCGCACAAGAUCUUGUAUCGCAUCUCUUGACUGUCGACCCAGAAAAGCGAUAUGACAUCAAUCAAUUCUUGAACCACCCCUGGAUCCGCGAAGCCAACGAGCCCACAUACUCUGCCUAUGACGCACCUCCUCUUGCCACCCCUGCAGCGCUCAAGAAGGACCGCCUUCAGCCAGACUUCUCCUAUCUCGAGUCCCCCGGCGCCCGCCGCAUGGACUUUCGGUCGCCCGGUGCCGUCAACCUGCGCGAAGUCUUUGACGUCGGCUACGCCGUUCACAGACAAGAAGAGGAAGGCAAGCGGAAGAAGCAGUUCAAGCAAGGCUACCGCGGCGCCAACGCCAUCAACUCUCUCAACGCCCUCGAUGAGAAUGAAGACGACGAUGAAUACGCGGCCGAGUCAGCCCCGUACGAGGGAUCCUCGCAACAUCCUCCUGCCAAGCUACCCAAGUCUCAAGCCAAUGAUGUGACGUCUGUUGAGCAGAAGAUGCACAACACGACUCUCUCUGCGGCAGCACAGGCACGGCAGCAACCACGCCAACAGGAACGCGGUUAUGGUCAACAUUCGCCGGCUGUAGCGGCGGCGGCAAAGCGCCAGGUGAAGAACAAGGGGGCAUUUGAGCUGAGUUUGGACAGUGCCACGCUCUUGGGCAGGAGAGCCAAGAAGGCGCCUGAGCCGAGCAGUUUGAGGAACGAUAUCAGUGUGGGUGGGACAUGA